CCCCCUCUCCCCCCCUCAUCGCUCCUCCCCCCCAUCCCCUCCACCCUCCGCGACGGCACCAAAAUCACCCUAUACCCCAUCACCACCGGGCCCUCGACCCUCCCGCACUCCCUAACCACCUACCUCCACGAGCAAUUCUCCCUCGAGAUCGAAAAGGGAUGUACGUAUCCCAUGGAAUCGCCGAUGGAGUAUGAGCUGUAUCGGAAUUAUUGGUUUGGGACGUUUGCGGUGGUUGCUGUUGUGGAUGAGGAGGAACAUCCGGGGGAGGAUGGGUUGAGGGAGGGGAGGAAUUGGGAGGAGUGUUGUUUGGGGACGUUUUAUGUGAAGCCGAAUUAUCCGGGACGCUGUUCGCAUGUGUGCAACGCAGGCUUCUUUACCACCCCCGCGGCGAGGAAUCGGGGUGUGGGACGGGUGAUGGGAGAGGCGUAUCUGGAGGUGGCGCCGAAAUUGGGCUACAAAUACUCCGUGUUCAACCUCGUGUUUGAAAAUAAUGUCGCCUCGGUCAAAAUCUGGGAGAAGCUCGGGUUUCAAAUCAUCGGCCGGGUGCCUGGCGCCGCGCGUCUGGCGAACAGCCCCGACCUCGUCGAUGCUCUCAUCAUUGGAAGAUCCCUGGUCUAA